CAGAAAUCUCUCCCCUUACCGCCGAAACCUGCCUCGCCGGCCUCGCUGUGAUAUAGAUUAGGGUUCAUCAUGGGGCGGGCAUACAGAAUGAAAGGCCAGAAAAGGAAGAACAAACUUGAGAAAUACGAUAGAGAGCAAUCAGUCGAAAAGAAAGUGAAGACGGAUGGCUCCAACUCGGAGAUUACGGCUUGUGAUAUUCCCGGGAUUCCGAUUGCUCCGCUGGAUACGGGAAACAACAAGCAACGAGUCAUCUUUGUUCUCGAGAAUGCCUCGUUGGAGGUUGCCAAAGUUGGCAAGACUCAUCAGCUUUUGAGUUCGGACGAGCAUGCCACAUUUUUGGCCAAGAAUAAGCGCAAUCCUGCUGACUAUCGCCCCGAUAUUGCUUUUCAGGCAAUCCAAACAAUUUUGGAUAGUCGCGUGAACAAAAGUGGGAGGCUGAAAGCUCUCUAUGUAAAAACACAACAAGGCCAACUUUUGGAGAUCAAACCCCAUACGCGUCUGCCAAGAACAUAUAAGAGGUUCUCCGGUCUCAUGGUUCAAUUGCUGCAAGAUCUGCGCAUUACUGCAACUGGCAAUGGUGAGAAACUUUUACGCCUUAUACAGAACCCUGUGACCCAGUAUUUACCCACCAACAGUCGUAAAAUAGGCUUCUCUCAUAGUUCAGAAAAGUUGAUUGACAUGCACAACUAUGUUGGUAAAAUCAACGAAGAUUUGGAUUUAGUUUUUGUGUUAGGAGCAAUGUCCCAUGGAAAAAUUGAUGAAGAUUAUGUUGAAGAUUAUAUCUCAAUCUCCGAAUAUCCAUUGAGUGCUGCAUAUGCCAUUUCGAUAAUUACAAAUGCUGUAGAGCGAAAGUUCAAGAUCUUGUAAGUCGUAGCCAAAGCCCCUAGGCUGUAAGUUUGGUUUCGUAUACAAGCAAGCGCAAGCAGUGACUUUAGCAUAUUUUCAGUUUUCCUUUGCCAGAUUGUACUAGUUUUCUUUUGCAGUUAUUUAAUUAUAUAUAAGUAUGA